AUGGACGGCCUCGCGGCGCCGUCGCCGUCCCACUCCGGCGCCACCUCCGGCGGCGGGGCCUCCCACCGCAAGCGGAAGCUCCCGCCGUCGUCGCUCUCCGACGCCACCGCCGACGAGGACGACGACACCACCGCGCCGUCAUCCCCCUCCACGGCCCCAUCCUCGCCCUCCCACCCGUCCUCUCCAUCUUCCUCACACUCCGACGAUGACGACGACGACGACUCGCUCCACACGUUCAAUGCCGCGCGCCUCGACGGCGCGCCGGGUGGGGGCUCCGCCUCCGGCCGUCCUCCGAAGCCGGAUUCCUCAUCAGUGUCUGCUGCGGCGGCCGCCGCCGCGGCUGCGGCGGGCGGAGGGCCCAAGCCGGAGCCCGGCUCGGCGACCGCUGGCGACGGGAAGGAGGACCCAAAGGGGUUGUUCACGGACAACCUUCAGACUAGCGGCGCGUACAGCGCCCGUGAGGAGGGCCUCAAACGCGAGGAAGAUUCGGGAAGGCUAAAAUUUCUCUGUUAUUCUAACGAUGGUGUUGAUGAACACAUGAUAUGGUUGGUAGGUUUGAAGAAUAUCUUCGCCCGGCAGCUUCCUAAUAUGCCCAAAGAAUAUAUUGUGCGCCUUGUCAUGGAUAGAACGCACAAGUCAAUGAUGGUUAUCAGGAACAAUAUUGUCGUGGGAGGCAUUACUUAUCGCCCUUAUGCAAGCCAGAGGUUUGGAGAAAUAGCGUUUUGUGCUAUCACAGCUGAUGAGCAAGUUAAAGGCUAUGGAACAAGAUUAAUGAAUCAUUUGAAGCAACAUGCACGGGAUGCUGAUGGGCUCACACAUUUCUUAACCUAUGCUGAUAAUAAUGCUGUUGGCUAUUUUGUAAAGCAGGGUUUCACAAAGGAGAUCACAUUGGACAAAGAAAGAUGGCAAGGGUACAUUAAAGACUAUGAUGGAGGAAUAUUGAUGGAGUGUAAAAUUGACCCAAAGCUGCCAUAUGUUGAUCUGGCAACAAUGAUUCGACGUCAAAGGCAGGCCAUUGAUGAGAAGAUUAGAGAGCUUUCUAACUGCCAUAUUGUUUAUCCAGGAAUUGAUUUUCAGAAGAAAGAAGCUGGCAUUCCAAGAAGACUGAUAAAGCCAGAAGAUAUUCCUGGUCUGAGGGAAGCUGGGUGGACGCCUGAUCAGUGGGGUCAUUCUAAAUCACGAUCAGCAUUCUCCCCAGACUAUAAUACUUACAGGCAACAACUUACUAACCUUAUGCGGACAUUGUUGAAGAAUCUGAGUGAACAUCCUGAUGCUUGGCCAUUUAAAGAGCCUGUGGAUUCACGAGAUGUUCCAGACUAUUAUGAUAUCAUCAAAGAUCCUAUUGAUUUAAAGACGAUGUUAAGAAGAGUCGACUCUGAUCAAUAUUAUGUGACCCUAGAGAUGUUUGUAGCCGAUACGAAGAGAAUGUUCAACAAUGCAAGAACUUACAAUUCUCCAGAUACUAUCUAUUACAAAUGUGCGACACGCUUAAAUCUGGCUGAUACAGUUUACACCAGCUGGCAGACUAGGGCUGAAAACCUUGCAACUCUGGCCUCUGGUUACUUCAAGCUUUUGGAAUCCACCAUGUGA